GGCGCCUCUUAUACCUUUACUCCGGUCUGCGCGUUCUUCAGGGAACGUACGUGCCCGUUUCACGUUCCACUCGAGAGAGCGCGAUACAUAUACCCCCGUUUUAUAGAGUACACGUAUACACAAACGGCCAACAAACGGACGUUGUCGACCCCAAUUGUCAGUGGUGCAUCGCGAUAUCUCCAAGGUAUAGCCGAGCCGAGCUAAGGGCUCGUUCACCAACAGCCGUCGUCGCAGUUUUUCGAGAUCGAUUUCACCGUUCGUUCGUACGAUCGUUUAAUUUCGACCUACGGAUCGACAGUUCGGGCAAGACAGUGAUAUGGCACAACUGAUCAGCGUCAAGCUGUCCAGGUUCGACGGGUCCCCCUGGGGCUUCCGUCUGCAAGGCGGCAAGGAUUUCGGCACGCCGCUCGUCGUGCAAAAGGUUAAUAGCGGCUCUCCGGCGGAAGCUGCCGGUCUUAAAGCUGGCGAUGCGGUUAUCAAAGUCAAUACCACCGACAUGUAUAAUUUGAGGCAUAAGGAUGCGCAGGAUGUCAUAGUCAAGGCCGGAAAUAAUUUCGAAAUAACUGUGCAAAGAGGCGGUAGUACCUGGAAACCGCAUGUGACGCCCGCAACCGCAAGCCUGCCGUCUCCGAUGCACACCGCGCCCGCGGGUAACAUCGCGCCAGUCACAAAGACCUCUUUGGCAGCGAAAAAACAGGACGGACCCCUAAUCGGCGGCGGACACAACUUCAGCCCCAAGCCAUUCCUGAACGGCACCGGCGACGGUCCAAUUAAGUCCAUCGUGAACAAACAGUACAACAGCCCCGUGGGGAUUUACAGCGAGGAGACAAUCGCGGAGACACUGUCUGCUCAAGCGGAGGUCCUUGCCGGAGGUGUCCUUGGGGUAAAUUUCAAAAAGAACGAAAAGAAUUACAAUGCUGAGAACAGCGAGGUUUUCAAAAUGGUCCAAGAAGCGGACAAGGAGCCAAGGACCCCAGAACCUGCGGAGCCAAGUGCCGUGAGCGGCGUGAUAACGCCAUCCUCGCCCGCCCUGGCAGGACUGAGGCCCGUCCAGGCGCCGGAAACGAAGCCGCAGUCGCCGUCGACGCCGCAAACGAGCUUACCACCAGGACAGAACAUUUGUGCCGAGUGCGAAAGGCUCAUCGUGACAGAGUAUUACUCCUCGGUGAGCCACGCGGUUGGCGGGAGGGCCACUUCACCGAGGUCACCUACGCCUCUGUUUCAUGCUAUGGGCGGUGAUGGUAGCGCACCUGCUGAUAGCAGGCACUUUGUAUGGAUGGACGAAUCGUACGGAAGGAAUCGAGAACCGCAACCGCAAAAGCAGGAAUCUUCCGCCGGGUCGGGCUCGUCGACGCCGGGCGGGGUCGUUUGUAGCAACUGCGACCGAGUGAUCGUAGGUGUCUUCGUCAGGAUCAAGGAAAAGAACCUCCACGUGGAGUGCUUCAAGUGCUCGACCUGCGGCACGUCCUUGAAGAAUGUCGGUUACUAUAAUAUCAACAAUAAAUUGUACUGCGAUAUCCACGCGAAACUCGUCGCCAGGCAAAAUGCUCCGGCUGGUCUUGCACCCAUCACUAUACCGCCAGGUGGCAAAGCACCAGCUAGUACCAUUAGCGCGGCAUUGGCGAAUGCACCUUUAUCGCCACCCCUCAGCAAUCACGGAUCGUCGCCUCAGCCAUUCUCCGCACCAACGAGCAACAGUCUCAUUGGUCCUAAGCCCUUCGGUGGAUCGAGUGGCUUUCCAUCGAGUGGCUUUCCAUCGAGUCUGUCUCCGACUCCGACAUUGAAUUCCGGAAGCAGUACCUUGCCACGCCCUCAAAGCCAGACUGUGACAGAAACCUCCAACAGCGAGACUUACGAAAGAUCCUGCUAUUACGAGAUCGUAAAAAGCACAAAGGAUCAGACCUCCCGUCCCGGCUCCGUAAAGUCCCGCCGGAGCCUCGUUUGGCCACCUCCGAAACCUAUCGAAGAUAUCACAUAUCCCACUGCCAGUCCCCUAUACAUCAAUCCAAAUCCUAUUCUCGACAAAAGGUGCCAUCAGAUCAAAGAGAAACGCGCUAGCAUUGAGGCUUGCGAGCGAGCUUUGAGCCACAGAACCGAGAGGCAUCGGAGUGAGAGCAUCGAUCGAGAGGUCGAAAGGGUAUUGAAAGAGAACAGUCGUCGGCACGAAAUUGACGCGAUGGAUCGGAUAAGUUGUCCCGGGCAACCGGCAUACCGGCGUGUAGAGCUGGUAGACACCAGCAGUAGAACUUCUCGAUCGGAUGUGACAACCUCAAGGCCAAGUUCAACCGACAGCGUCCGAAGGUCGCUGACGCCCACCAGAAUCGUUCAACCGAUUCCAAAACCUUGGACCGCAACCGUCAGCAGCGGCGGUACCAAUCUUUAUCAGCAGAGUUAUGCAGUGCCGGCACAGCAGGAACAGCCUGCUGGACAGAUUUGCAAGAAGUUCAUGCAGCGGGAGGUCUGUCACCGAGAACGUAUAUCAAGCGGCAAAGAACAUCGGGAAGAACAACGAGCUUACAGAGCAGAGAUUUGUCGAAGGGAGCAAACAAUUUGCCCGAAACCGCCCUUGCCCGCACCUAAGCAGGAACCAGCAGAGACGGUCAAAGAAAUCGACACGGAAGUAAUUGAUCUGAGGGGUGAUGAUACGGAUGAAGUGGACACCUCGAAGGGAAUUCAAGGCGAACAUGAUCUCAUCACCGAGACGGCUGAAGAAACGGUGAACGGUAUGCGCACGAAGCAAUCGGCAACUUUUGAGAAAACCGUGGAGAGAGUGUCGUCACCGAUAGAGAGAUCUAUCGCGCCGAUGAUAGAGGAAGCGGGAAACAAAACGGAGUCUCAGUGUUUCGCGAGAAGAACCGAAAGACACGUCAACCGAGAAGUGGAGGACACAAUGGAACGAACUGUGGAGGAAUCCGCCGAAACGGUUACGUCGGCUAUCGAUGCCCAGCAGAUGUGCGAGAAAGCAAAGCAAGAGGAAGAGGAGAGAAAGAGAGAAGAAGAAGAGGAAGAGCGAAAAAAAGAAGAAGAAAAAAGAAGGAAGCGCGAGGAAGAGGAACGAAGACGUCAGGAGGAAGAAGAAAAGAGGAAACGAGAAGAGGAGGAAAAAACCAAGAAACAUGUGACCUUUAAUGAGGAGGAUGAAGAAGUCGAGGAAGUACUAGAGCAGCCAUUGGGCAGGACUGUCGUGCGAGAAGAACGCAUUACGGAAUCGGACGGGUCCACUCCGGGACGCUGCAAAAUUACAAAGGAGACAUAUGAAGAAAUCACCGAAGAAGUGCUGGUCCAAGAACGUGUGAGAAGAAGAGGAGCCGUAGAAGACGGGCGUAGAAAGAGCUUGCGCGAACAAGUAGAGGUCCAUCAAAGUCUCCGGGACCAACAGGCGCCGGAGAGAAAAAAUGUUGUUGCAAGGUAUGGACAGCAGCCCCAGGAGACCAUGGAGACGUGCAAGAAGAAGGUGCAGUUCUUGAAGGAGACGGAGACCGGUCCAAAACCCUUGCCAGACACGCCUGUAAAAAAUUCCACGCCUAAGGAGUGGAAAUCCGAGAUGGUAAACGCCUUGACGACCGCAUCUGAUCGGCCAUACACACCGCUGAACGCUACGUCUAGUGUGAAGGAACUCUACACCGAGGAGACCAUCUAUCUGGACCACAGGUGUCGACCUAAGCCACCGCCGCCCAAAGAAGAAAUCCGACCGAUCUCGCCUUUCCAGCAAGCACUGACGAUAGCGCCUGAACGAUCCUAUACUCCUUUGAGUCGCGAAAUCGGGCCGGAAGAUCAACAGAUUGCCAAUAGAUCGCAGACUCCGAGUCUUCAGGCUCAGAAUAGCGACUAUUGCCCGCCGUUAAAUAUUCUAUAUGGUAAAGAGGGUACGACGAGAGAAUCUUAUGCGCGUGAGCAGAUGUGUUUCAAGAAAGAAAUCAAAGAAUCAAGACCGCGACCUUUGCCCACUCCACCGCCUGAUCACCGUCUGAGAGAUUCCUCGGCAUCACCUGCCGCGAGACCUCGACCAGAAACGCCAAAAUCAUCCAAAUCUCUCACGGCUUGUCUAAAAAAACCAGACGCCAUACCGGCCUAUCAGAAGAACUUGGUGGCGAUGAAAAAGGGACCUGUAGAGAGUCAGCCGUUCGUUCCCAGUAGAACACCAACUCCAACGCCUGGCAGAUCCAAGUCACCUGCUCAAGGACCGCCCGAGCCGCCGGCUUGUUACGUGAAGGCUCAAGCCGCAAGAGUUCGAGAAGAUCCACCACCAUCGAAACGCGGUGGAUCAGUACAUUUCCCUUCACGCAAGACCAUCUCUUACCAUGUGGAGGAGGAUACCGACAGUGGUCACAGAAAGCAGGAAUAUUCCGCUUCGAGGUCCGUUAACUACGACGAGAAGGAGACCAGCAGUCUCGACGCGGGUCCGACGGACGCACUUUAUGCCCAGUUCCAGGAAACACGGUGUAUGACGAGCGAAGAGACUAGCGAGCAGGCGAAUACUGCGACCCAGGUGAAGAAAUCGCUUCAAGUAGUAGAAGAUUAUGAGAAAUGCGAGCAAAAAGAAAUAUUACCGGCAUUACCGUCGCUGAAUCCGAAACCAAGCAUCUGUGCCAUCAGUAAGACGAGCCAUACGAAGCCCAGUUUGCAUUGUCCCAUGACAUCAUCUACGCCAGUGAGACAGCCGACCUACAGCAGUUCCACCGAAGUACGUCACGUGCGAUAUGAGACUCCUUCACCGAAGCCUUGUUCGGAAACAGGCGUGACCGUUCUACCUUGCAAAGCGCAUUCCGAUCAGGGAUUUAAAGCCGGCGUCGUCGUGGUGCCCUGCGAUGGUUCCCAGACUACCUGUCCUAGAUCCGGAAUCUGCGUGACAGCCACGAAAGACCGAUCGGGCGUGUGUACCGGAAUCGGUGGCCUCGGCGGCGCGGGUUCCAAGAGUGGAUCGUUCGCCGGUAGCAGCGCGCCCAAACGUGGACGAGGUAUCCUGAAUCAAGCUGUCGGAGCAGGAUCACGUAUACCUCUAUGCGCUCACUGCAAUUCAUACGUCAGAGGGCCUUUCAUUACCGCUUUGGGCCAAAUCUGGUGCCCCGAUCAUUUCGUCUGCGUUAAUGCCCAAUGCCGUCGUCCUCUUCAAGACAUCGGCUUCGUCGAGGAAAAAGGACAACUCUAUUGCGAGUACUGUUUCGAAAAAUUCAUUGCGCCUACGUGUAACAAAUGCAACAACAAGAUCAAGGGCGAUUGCUUGAACGCGAUUGGAAAGCACUUCCACCCUGAAUGCUUCAACUGCGCUUAUUGUGGCAAGCUCUUCGGUAAUAGCCCGUUCUUCCUAGAAGAAGGAUUGCCAUACUGCGAAGCUGAUUGGAACGAACUAUUUACUACAAAAUGCUUCGCGUGUGGAUUCCCUGUCGAGGCUGGCGACCGUUGGGUGGAAGCUCUGAACAACAACUAUCACAGCCAAUGCUUCAACUGCACGAUGUGCAAGAAGAAUCUUGAGGGCCAAAGCUUCUACGCGAAAGGCGGUCGUCCCUUCUGCAAAAAUCACGCGCGUUAAAACCGUUUUCGUCAUCGAUGGCAUAAGAUCGAUGGGAUGACAGGAAAGAAAAAAUAGGAAGAGCAAAAAAAAACGGAGGGAAAGUCCAACGAAGAGAGAAGCGUACACAAUGUUAAUGCACCAAUUACUUUAUCGUGAUUACUUUCUUUUUUCUGUGUCUUCGACCAAGUUCACUUGACUAACUCUUUGUCAAAUCCGCGAGCGAUCCUUCGUAUAGCUAUAAAAGUACAGGAUCAAUUAGGGUGAUUUUAACAAAAAAGUAUCUUUAUUAUUUGAGUCUGAUAAUGAAUCGUAAUAUCGGUGAAAGAGAGAACGGUGGUUAUUUAUAGAAUAGAUAUAUCAUAAAAUAAUAUAAAAAUAAGAUAUAUAUAUAUAGAAAUAUUAAAAAUAAAAUUGUAAAAAGUAACUAUUAAUAAUAUUAAAUGGCAUAAUAUUAUAUUUUUUUCCAGUAUCAUCAAUCACCCUGAUUAAUUCUACGCAAUGCACAUUUUCACGAGGUACUAGUAUAAUGUCGCGCGUUGUCCGACUACGAGAGAGAUUUAUUAAUUAAUAUUUAUUAUCUACCUUAAUUAAGAGUGGCGCAGGAGCUAGGCUAUCGACCACAUCAUAACUCUAAAAAAUUCAAUAGAAAUACAGGUCUCAGUUUUCAAUCUAUGAAAUUUAAUAAUUUAUUAAUCGUUUACUUAUAAGCACUAAAACAUAUAGUAAAAAAAACUAUAUAAAUAUAUAGUUUCUUUUUAAUUAAAUAUUCCUUAAAAAGAGCGUUCGUCAUGGUUUUAUAUAUGUCGCAUAGCUUGCGCUAAAAAUCUCAGCUUAGCUCUUUAGAAUUAAAUGAUCUUGCGUCUAUCAAAAUGCAGCCUUUUGUUUUUGAUAUUUCGACAAUUCCGUUUAUAUCCGUACGAAUUCGGUUAUCGUCGUAUCAACCGUGUGUCGCGACAUCGACGUCGACCGCGAACAAGCAAUUAAUUAUGUCGGGGACGUUUAACGACGUAUCCUUGCACUUUGUGGCUCCCGGUUAAUAACGGGAGGCCUAAUCGCGAUCCUAACGGAGUUAGCGGAAUACCUCGUAAAAUCGUUCGCGGCAGGAAACACUGGGACGAUACAACACAUAACGAACGAGCCGCCGGCGGAGUCGUCUCGAUCACGGAUCACGCAAAGGUCAUCCGAACAAUUAGUAUUACGUGGGAAUAAUUCCGUAUUUCCAAGGUGCAUCGGGAUGCAGCAAUGUCUCGGGUGGCGAAUGAUAAGAAUUCCUUUACAAUCCCUUAACAAUCGACAACGAUCGACGCCGACGGUGCAUCGUGAUGAGAAGAAGAAAGAGAGAAAGAGAGAAAGAGAGCGCGGUCGAAAGAAAAUAGAUGAAUGAUUGUGGAAGUCAGAUUGAAAGUAUGAAUGAUGCGUAAAUGUUCAUCACAUAAAGAGAGAAAAUGCUCACACAGUUUCUGAACAAUCAAAAUUGCAUGCGAUUGCAAACGCAUUAGAUUUUAGACACGGACAAUUAAUGAUGAUAAUAAAACAAAUUCAAACAGUUUUACUUCACUCGCGCUGUUAUAUUUUUUAUAAGAUUUAGUCUUACUAUAUACUAUCGAAAUUUGUUAUAUUCUCAAAACAGUUCAACAAUCAUAUGUUUACAACAAUAAAUUCUGUUGUAAACAUAUUUUAAGACAAAACAAGCGCAAACUUUUUUGUAGUCAAAUUAUAUAUUAAAUAAUAUCAUUUAUAAUUUAUUAAAUAAUAUUAUUUAACAUUGAUAAAGGAUUAAUUCUGGUUACAAAAACAUUAUUAAUCGAUAAGAAAUAUCAUAACAUUUAAAAACUACAAACUAAAAAAUUAUACUCGGAAAUAUGCUAGUCAAAUGCUCAAAAGUCCGUUCUUAAAGUCAUGAACAUGUUUCACGUAAUAGUAACAAAUUGUUCUUGAUUUAUAGAUGAAAGAAAUGUACGCGAAAGAAGUAGCGUGUAAUAUUUAUUAAUUUAUGAGAGAGUCAGAAAGAAAGAGAAGAGAGAGGAGUCCCGACAUAUUUUGUGGCCGUUAGGCAGUAUUUGCCGAAGAUAUUUAAUAGCUUUACUAAAUCGACGAGCAAAUAUAUAUUCUUAGUGCACGCAAACUUCACUAUAAGUCAUCCGCAAAUCCGCCGUACUCUGGAAUCAGCCGAUUAAAGCCGAGACUGAUAACAGGUUCAGCAUGCAUCCGGGCUUUCAUUUAAUCAACCGAUCGAUUCGCAAGUUGGGAAAACGAAAGGCUAAAAUUCGGUAGGAACGACCUGCUGGCAAUUCUUAAUUCUUAAAUUUAAACUCUAAACUACUGCGAUCUUUAAUUUCUCAGUCUUUUAUUGAGAAGAAUUAUCUCCCUAAAAUUAUCAUUAAAACUUUUCAAAAUAAAUUCAUGUCUUUGAAAACAUAUAAUGUAUUAUUUUUAAUUAAAUAAUACAAUGAUCAGAUUUCGUAGCUAAAAGUUUUUAAAUUUUCAAAUUUUCUUGUCUUUUUGGGACUACUAUAUUUAAGUUUAUGAUCUUUCACCACACCAAAUAUAAUCUGAAAUCGACGAAAGAGACGUUCGAGAUCUAUUCCAGGGUAUGAGGAUGCGCCGGGAUGAAACGUGUCAGUUUCACAUUGUUGGGUUUCAAUUGUUGCUCUGUUUUACGAAAUAAGAGACUCUAACAUGAUAGAUAUUAUUGUCAUAUUAUUACGUUAUUUCUAAUAUGUUACCGAUUUUCUGUGCCAUCUGUGAGCUUCUGUUAUGGCGUAAUUAUUUUUUUUCUUUUGUGAAUGAGAGCAAGCAAGAGAAAAAGGAAAAAGGGUACACGUGCGAGAGACUUCGACAUCAGAACUCGUUUAUUUGUGAAAGGUAAUAUAUAGUGUAAUCCUGUAUAUAGUAUGUAAGCUGUUUUAAGCUGCGUUCGCGAUGAUUCCGAAAAAAAGAGAAGAAUAGUGUGCGAAAAGAACUUGACUUUACCUGCACGAUCGCGAGUAAUCUUCGACGACGAACGUACGAUUGAUCGACCAACCGCCGCUCGAUCAUCGACAAUCGUUUAACGGCGCGGACCAUGAAAUCUCAACUUUUGCUUGGCUGACUAUCAGCUGAGCAUCGCACAAGCCUCUGUAUGCGUGUUACGUGUUGCUUAUAAAAUAAAAGAAAAUAUUCACUCGA